AUGGCGACCCUGUGCCUAGCCUGGGGACGCGCUGACCCCUCCCUCCCCUCCCAGCGGCUAAGCCUGCUGCUGCUUCUGCUGUGGCCAGGCCCCCUGGCCACCCCCGGCAUGGAGGAUGCCGCCUUCCCCCACCUGGGGGAGAGCUCGCAGCCCCCGCCCCGGGCCUGCCCCCCGCGCUGCUCCUGUCCCCGGGCGGACACCGUGGACUGCAAUGGCUUGGACCUUCAGGUGUUCCCAGACAACAUCACCAGGGCUGCGCAACACCUCUCCCUGCAGAACAACCAGCUACAGGAGCUGCCCUACAACGAGCUGUCGCGCCUCAGCCGCCUGCGGACCCUCAACCUGCACAACAACCUCAUCUCCUCCGAGGGCCUGCCCGAUGAAGCCUUCGAGUCCCUCACGCAGCUGCAGCACAUCUACGUGGCGCACAACAGGAACAAUCUCAUCUCCAAGGUGCCCCGAGGAGCCCUGAGCCGCCAGACCCAACUCCGUGAGCUCUACCUCCAGCACAACCAGCUGACAGACAAUGGCUUGGACGCCACAACCUUCAGCAAGCUGCACAGCCUCGAGUACCUGGACCUGUCCCACAACCAGCUGGCCACAGUGCCCGCCGGCCUGCCCCGGACCCUGGCCGUCCUGCACCUGGGCCGAAACCGCAUCCGACGGGUGGAGGCGGCUCGGCUGCGCGGGGUGCGGCGUCUGCGCUACCUGCUACUGCAGCACAACGAGCUGGGAAGCUCGGGGCUGCCCGCCGGGGCGCUGCGCCCACUGCGGGGCCUGCACACGCUGCACCUCUAUGGCAAUGGGCUGGACCGCGUGCCCCUGGCGCUGCCCCGCCGCCUGCACGCCCUGGUGCUGCCCCACAACCACGUGGCCGCGCUGGGCGCCCGCGACCUGACCUCUACGCCUGGGCUGGCGGAGCUCAACCUGGCCUAUAACCGCCUGGCCAGCGCCCGUGUGCACCGCCGGGCCUUCCGCCGGUUGCGCAGCCUGCGUAGCCUCGACCUGGCUGGCAACCAGCUGACCCGGCUGCCCACGGGCCUGCCGACCGGCCUGCGUGCCCUGCGCCUGCAGCGCAACCAGCUGCGGGUGCUCGAGCCCGAGCCACUGGCCAGCCUGGACCAGCUGCGGGAGCUCAGCCUGGCACACAACCGGCUCCGGGUCGGUGACAUUGGGCCCGGCACCUGGCAUGAGCUGCAGGCCCUCCAGGUCAGGGACAGGCUGGUUAGCCACGCUGUCCCCACCCCUCUGCCGCCUGCCAAGUUCUUCCCCACACCAAGCCCCUGUCCCCACUGUAACAUCUCGGCUUCUCGCAAUUCCAGAGUUCUAGAAGCAUCUUGCCUGGAACAGGGCCUGCCCCGGGAGGGCCUGCGAGGAGAGGGGCUGGGGGCUGCUGAGCCCGAUGGCCCAGGGACCUGGGGCUGCCACGUAGCCGUCUCUGCCCUGCCCGCCCAGGUACUGGACCUCAGCCACAAUGAGCUGUCCUUUGUGCCCCCGGACCUGCCCGAGGCCCUGGAGGAGCUGCACUUGGAGGGCAACCGCAUCAGCCACGUGGGCCCCGAGGCCUUCCUCAGCACGCCCCGCCUGCGCGCCCUCUUCCUCAGGGCCAACAGGCUUCACAUGACGAGCAUCGCCGCCGAGGCCUUCCUGGGCCUCCCGCACCUGCGCGUGGUGGACACGGCAGGUAACCCCGAGCAGGUGCUGGUGCGGCUGCCGCCCGCCACCCCACGCGGGCCACGGGCAGGGGGCUCCUGA